AUGACCUGCAACCCCAACUGGGAAGAGAUCAUUCAUGAGCUCAAGUUUGGACAAACGCCUCAAGAUCGCCCAGAUCUCAUCGUUCGUGUUUUUAAGGCAAAAUUAGAGGAGAUGAAGAAACAACUGUUCGAAAAGGGAAUUCUUGGUAUAGUUCAGGCCUAUACCUAUGUUGUAGAAUUCCAAAAGAGGGGUCUACCGCAUGCUCACUUCUUGUUGAUCAUGACUAAAAAGUACAAGUACACACAUUCAAAGCAAUACGACAGAGUAAUCUCCGCAGAGCUUCCGAACCAAAGUAAGUACCCAGAGUUAUAUACAAUGGUCAUCAAACAUAUGAUGCAUGGUCCUUGCGGUGAGUUGAAUCACUAUUGCCCAUGCAUGAAGAAUCGCUCAUCAUGCAAGAACAGUUAUCCUAAGCCUUUCAACGCUACUACCAUUCAAGAAAAGGACUCUUACCCAGUGUAUAGGAGACGCGACGACGGCUGCACAGUGAUAGUCCAAAAAUGUCCACUAGACAAUAGGUGGGUAGUUCCUUAUAACCCUUACCUCCUACAGAUGUUCAACUGCCACAUAAAUGUGGAGGUAUGCUCAAGUAUAAAGGCCGUGAAGUACCUAUUCAAACACAAUUACAAGGGGCAUGAGAGAGAAUCUGUGCCUGUAAAUGGGGUAGGUAAAGAAGAUGACAUUGAUGAGAUCAGGCAGUAUAGGGAUGCACGGUGGGUGACACCUCUGGAAGCACUAUGGAGAAUAUAUGGAUUCGAUUUGAGCAAGGUACAUCCAUCUGUGAUGCAACUACAGCUUCAUCUCCCAAAUAUGCACAUGGUUAAGUAUCGAGGCAAACAGGACAUCCAGGAGGUGCUCAAUCAAGAUGGUGCUGAAAAGACAAUGCUAACAGCAUACUUUGAAGCAAAUAGGUUAAAUAAAGAAGCAGAUGGCAUGUUGUACCAAGAUUUUCCAGAACAUCAUACUUGGCAGACAGGCAAAAAGAAGAAAUUUUGGCAAAAAAGGAAAAGAUCUGCCAUCCUUCAAGUUGGAAGAAUGGUCCUAGCCCAUCCAACCGAAGGGGAACGAUACUAUCUCAGGGUUCUCUUGAACCAUGUGACAGGUGCCACCUGUUAUGAAGACCUACGAACAGUGGAUGGAAAAAUACUACCAUCCUUCCGUGAAGCCGCAGAGAGAAGAGGUUUAAUCGAAGCAGACAAUACACUAGAAGAAUGCUUGACGGAAGCUGAGUUAUUACAAAUGCCAUCUUCACUACGAAGACUCUUUGCAACAAUUCUGGUGUUUUGUGAGCCUAGCGACGUCCGUGUUCUCUGGAACAAUCACCUCGAGGCUAUGUCCGAAGACUAUCGUCGCAAUUGUCAGUGUCCACACGUGGUUCAACAAAUGGUUUUAAUAAAUAUCAAGGAUAUGUUGCGGUCCAUGGGCAAAGAUAUACGGUCGUUUCCUCUUCCUGGGGUCGAUAUGCUACACGACACGACAAAUGGUGUCCCUAAGGAGAUCAUUGAGGAAUCCAUGAUCAAGGUGGACCCUGAGGACACAGCUUUGUGCAACUCCCUCAACACCGAGCAAAGGGCCGCCUACGAUGAGAUUCUAGCUACAGUUGAUCACAACGAAGGAGGCCUAUUCUUCAUAGAUGGCCCAGGAGGCACAGGAAAAACUUUUCUAUACAGGGCAUUGCUCGCAACAGUUCGUGAACAAGGAAAGAUUGCUAUCGCGACAGCUACCUCUGGUGUUGCCGCUUCCAUAAUGCCCGGAGGAAGGACUGCACACUCUCGAUUCAAGAUACCACUAAGGAUAGAUGAUGGGGCUAUUUGUACUUUCACAAAACAAAGUGGAACAGCCAAGUUGCUACAAAUGGCAUCGUUGAUCAUUUGGGACGAAGCCUCUAUGACUAAGAGGCAAGCGGUGGAGGCACUGGAUAAUAGUAUGCGAGACAUAAUGGACAAGCCAAACCUUCCAUUCGGUGGGAAAACAGUUGUGUUUGGAGGUGAUUUUAGACAAGUUCUCCCCAUUGUACGACAUGGGUCAAGGGGUCAGAUAUUAGAUGCAUCAUUGCGGAGGUCCAACUUAUGGGGUUGCAUGCGUCACUUGCAAUUGGUACGCAACAUGAGGGCACAAAACGAUCCUUGGUUUGUAGAAUAUCUACUACGGAUCGGUAAUGGCACUGAAGAGAUCAACGAUAAUGGUGAUAUACAUCUUCCUGACAAUAUAUGUGUGCCAUACACAGGGGAUGACAGUGACCUAGAUAAAUUGAUGGAGAGUGUUUAUCCAACGCUCAAUGAUUGCCUAGCUGAUCCAAAUUACAUCACAUCAAGAGCUAUUUUAUCCACACGGAACGACUGUGUGGACAACAUAAAUCUGAAAAUGAUUGACCGCUUUCAAGGGGAGGAGAUGGUGUAUCACAGCUUUGAUAGUGCGGAAGAUGAUCCUCAUAACUACUAUCCCCCAAAAUUCCUUAACACUCUUACCCCAUAUGGACUGCCUCCACACAUGCUAAAGCUCAAAAUUAAUUGUCCUAUCAUAUUGCUCAGGAAUAUCGACCCAGCUAAUGGACUUUGUAAUGGCACAAGGUUGGUGGUGCGAGGAUUUCAGAAAAAUGCCAUUGAUGUAGAAAUUGUGCUAGGACAACAUUCUAGGACACGAGUUCUCUUGCCUUGAAUCCCACUAUGCCCUUCUGAUCAUGAGAUGUUCCCGUUCCGAUUUAAAAGGAAACAAUUUCCGGUCAGGCUCAGCUUUGCCAUGACGAUAAACAAGGCACAAGGGCAGAGCAUACCAAAUGUCGGCGUGUACUUACCUGAACCAGUAUUCUCUCACGGUCAGCUAUAUGUCGCACUUUCGAGAGCCACCGCAAGAAAGAAUAUAAAGAUCCUCGUUGUACAUGACGACAAUCCAAAGAAAAGGAAUAGACAUUCUGAGCAGAAUUUGAAUGAGAACAAUUCGAAGAAGCAUUCUGACAACAUUAAGAGUGGGACAUAUACAAGAAAUAUUGUGUAUACAGAGGUCCUCACAACAUAGCUGGUGUAUUUUUGGAAAUAAGAAUUGUCACUGUUCUAGAGAUAGCUGGUGUAUUUAUAUUAUAUGAGAUUAUUAUGAGGAGUUCAUACUCUCAUGCAUAAA